AACAAAUUUAGUUACUUUAAUCGCUCUUCGUAAUGCAGUUGCUGUUGUCGCUAUUGCCGCUGUUUCUGUCGCGGAUCUUUGCCCAAGAUGCAGACGUUGUCAAUUCCUGCACUCGCUACAAGCAACGCGUUUUUGACGUACAGCAAGGCUACAGUUUUCUAUUACCUGGUGCGCCAGUCACCUACAAAACGCUCGACACCUGCCGCAAGUACACGCCUCUCAUCGUUGGUGGCAAGCCGGCCGAGGCCAAAGAAUUCCCCUUCAUGGCACGCUUGGGCAAUCGGAACAGUAAAAAUGAAACGGAUUGGUUCUGUGGCGGCACCUUGAUCAGCAAUCGUCUGGUUCUCACUGCCGCCCAUUGCUUCUUCUCAGAUAGUGGUGCCAUAAAUGUGGUGCGUCUGGGCGAACUGGAGUUCAACAACGAUAAGGAUGACGCACAACCUGAAGACUUUGGUGUACGCAAAUCCACCGAACAUCCUGCUUACGAAUAUGGUUUGCUAUAUAAUGACAUAGGCAUCGUUGAACUGGAUCGCCAAGUCAACUUUAACGUAUAUAAAGUGCCCGCUUGUCUGCCCUUUGAGGAUGGCAGCCGUCAGGACAGCUUCAUCGCCACCGGAUGGGGUCACACCACAUUUGCAGGUUCAGACUCCAAUGUGCUACGCAAAGUGAAGCUAAAUGUCUUGGGCAGCGACAGGUGUCCAAUGAGCGAUGAAAUCAUUGAGCUGCCUAAUGGCUACAAUGCCACUACACAACUGUGUAUUGGUUCCAACGAACAGAAGGACACGUGUAAUGGUGACUCUGGUGGCCCGGUGAUCAUGUAUCAUUCGGAAUAUCCCUGUAUGUAUCAUGUGAUGGGUGUCACCUCGUUGGGCAUUGGUUGCGGCAUUCCUAACACGCCCACUUUGUAUACGCGCGUGCAUUUCUACUUGGAUUGGAUCAAGCAGGAGAUGGCUAAAGUUAGCUAAGAAUCUUGGAAGUCGUGGCGACGUGAUUAAAGAUGAAUGAUUACUCGGAAAUGGGGUUUUUAUAAAGUAGUUUUGAUAGUUAACUGUCAAAGCUGUUCAACGCGGCGUAUGCGCAACAAUUGCUUUAAAUGAUCAUCAUUCGAUUAAACAGCUGA